AUGAAGGCCAACACUUUGCUUCCCCUUCUGGGUCUCUCCGGCAGCGCUGUCGGCGCGGUUGUCAACCGUAACAACCAGGGACCCUUUGGCUAUGCCUCUGGUUCCAAGCAGUCCAUUGCCAACCUGAAGGACAAGGUUGAGAAUGUUGUCUGGAUUCUCUUGGAGAACCGUGGUUUCGACAACAUCCUGGGUGGUGUCCACAAGAAGGGUCUCGACAACGUUGUCAACAACGGACCCUUCUGCAACCCCGUGUCUGUCUCUGCCCCCAAUGGCCAGAAAAUUUGCAGUCAGUUCAAGGACUUUGAUUCCGUUAUCCAUGACCCGGACCACUCUGUCACCGGUGUCAACUUUGAGCUCUACGGCACCUACAACCCCAGCAACGAUGCCAUUGCCAACGGCACCCUGAAGCCCAGCCUGGACGGCUUCGUUGAGCGCCAGGCUGACCGCUACAAGAUCUCGAGCCAGCUCGCCACCGAGGAGGUCAUGGGCUACUACUCAGAGGAUGAGAUCCCCACUCUUGUCAACCUGGUUGACGAGUUCACCACCUUCAACUACUGGCACUCCUGUGUCCCUGGUCCCACCAACCCUAACCGUCUCUGCGCUAUUGCCGGUACCGCCGACGGCCACGGCUCGAACGACAACGACUUUGAUGUCUCUGCCAUCGACAUCCCCAGCAUCUUCCAGGUUGCCUCGGAGAAGGGCAUCUCCUGGAAGAACUACGACGGCACCAACGGCGCCUUCCUCUCCGACGCCCUCUUCUUCAACUGGACCGCCGCCAACGCCAAGUCCAGCGUCGUUCCCUUCGAGAACUUCUACCAGGAUGCUUACCUGGGCACUCUCCCCAAGCUCUCCUACCUCAACCCCUCCUGCUGCGGCCUGGACACCAACUCAAUGCACCCAAGCGGCAACGUCUCCACCGGCCAGGUCCUGCUCAAGCAGAUCUACGACGCCGUCCGCACCGGUCCCCAGUGGGACAAGACCCUGCUCCUGAUCACCUUCGACGAGACCGGUGACAACAAGACUUACACUGAGAAGGCCACCGACGGCAGCACGUACACUCUGAACUUUGACCGUCUCGGUGGCCGUAUGCCCACUUGGCUCGUUUCCCCCUACACUCCUCAGGGCCACAUCGAGAACUUCGGUAUUGACCCCGCUACUGGCAAGUCUGCCUCUUACUCUGCUACCUCCGUCCUCAAGACUCUGGGUUACCUGUGGGAUCUGCAGGACUUUACCCCUCGUGUUUCUCACUCCCCUGCCUUUGACCACCUGAUUGGUCCUAACGCUCGCCGUAACACCCCUACCACCCUGGCGAACCCCCACCCCUUCCCUGAGGCGGUUUAA